AGGAUGAGGAAAGGAUAGAUACAGGACACUGCUCUCGUUUCCAGCAAAACCAUGUCCAUUUCCAUGGCCUUGUUUUCUCCUCCAACCCACCCUCCAUCUCUCUCUCCCUCUAUACCCCUCAAACCCCACCUCACCCUUAAACCUCAUCUUUCUCUCGGACCACUCAAGACUUCCGUCUUCCUCCUCUCCACCGCUAGGGCCUCAGCGGACAAUGGAACUGGAACUUCGGCCUCGGCUGCCACUGCACUUGAACCAGAUGCAGACCAGAAGAUCUCUAAAUCUCCAAAAGCGGUGGUUCAGGAGGAUGAGAGCACUGCUGGAGCCAAUGGUUCUUUGGGGGCGACGGAAACAGGGGAAGUUUUGGUGGUGAGUAAGUUUGAGGACACCAGAUGGAUUGGUGGGACUUGGGACUUGAAGAAGUUUGAGAAAGAUGGAAAGCCCGACUGGGAUGCAGUUAUUGAUGCUGAAGCUAGGAGGAGAAAAUGGCUUCAGGAUAAUCCAGAAUCAUCCAGUAAUGAUGACCCAAUAAUUUUUGACACAUCCAUCAUACCUUGGUGGGCAUGGAUGAAAAGGUUCCAUCUACCUGAAGCCGAACUACUUAAUGGCCGUGCUGCAAUGAUAGGCUUCUUCAUGACUUAUCUGGUUGAUAGCUUGACUGGGGUAGGUUUGGUUGACCAAAUGAACAACUUCUUCUGUAAAACUCUAUUGUUUAUAUCUGUUGCUGGAAUUCUUCUGAUCCGGAAGAAUGAGGAUUUAGAAAACUUAAAGAAGCUGCUGGAAGAGACAACCUUCUAUGACAAGCAAUGGCAAGCAACCUGGCAGGACGAGACGCCUGGCAGUUCCAGGAAUUGAGAAGUGAAAUUGCUAUUCAUGAGUUUGCCUCCUAAAAUUUCGUAGGCAUCCUCUUUUGCGUUUCUUUUAAGGUAAUUAGUCUGUUGUAGUGGAGAAUGAUGAUUUCAACUCCCAUCAGUCGUCGAACUUAAGUUUUCUUAUUUUGUUAGCUAUUGUGCAUUUGCAGCUAGAAGUUUAUUCGUUUGUGAACACGAUCCCUUUUAAAAAGAAUUAAGCGGAAAGAUUGUUGUGGGACUAA